AUGCCGUAUCUGGAAGCUGAUCACGAUCAAUAUGCACCAUUUUCCCAUUCGCUGACAGUCGCUCACGAUGAGUUGGUGAGGUCUCCUUCUCCUGGCCCAGCAGCAUAUGGAACAGAUGUGUUUCUGACUGUCUCUCACGGACCAGCACGGCAUGUCGGCGCUGCCAUUACAAAUGUAGGGGACUUUUUGCUCUCCAAAGCCAACACUCCGGCUGAUAUCUUCUCUGUACCAGGCGACGAACGGCUUCCUCGCUGUGGCCGGUGUGUCCGGGCCCGGCGCAACUGCGUGCGCCAGCCGCCCCGUCAGUUCUACCAGGCCUCGCGCCAGGGAGUGGGGCGGUCGUUCUCGUCCUGCCAGACCUGGCUGCCGCUACCUGCCAAAGGUGUGGUUGAUUUUGUCAACGUCAACGUCGUGGAGCCGUGCGGUGCCCGGUCCUCCGGCCAUGGUAAUGCGAAGGACACGCAGAUCAGCACAACCUUACCAACUACGACUGCAGCCGUGGCCUCCUUUUCCCAGGAAACUACUGCCGGGUCGAGCAUACCUGCAGAGAACUCGGGCUCUUCUUCCCCGUCUUCUCUUUCUUCUCUUUCCGCCCCGCCAUCCCCAGUCCAGGAAUCUACGUCUACAUCUACAUCACCAGCUCAGCCCGACCGGUCUUCGCGGGAUGUACUUCUGCACUUGCCGACGCCUCAGCCCUUUCGGGCGGAUACGACCUCCAUAGAUGCCAAUACCAGCCCCUAUCUACCGCCAACCCCCUUGGGCCGUAUUUACCUGGACCCGCCAACCUGGCCCUUGCAAGACCCCGAAGAGGCAACUCUCCUACAGCACUUCAUCAACCAUGUAUCAUUAUUUUUCGACUUCUGUGACAAGGAGCGCCACUUCGCAACCGUGGUACCCCAGCGUGUCCGCACCUGCAGCACUCUCCUGAGCGCCGUCUUCGCCCUGUCCGCUCGCCAUCUCAGCCGCAUCAGCGACUUCGAACCCACCGUCGCGGACCGGCACUAUGAUGACUGUCUACGAACCCUGAUACCGGCGCUCAACGACGGCCCGUCCGUCUUUGACGAGACGCUCCUCAUUAUUGUAAUCAUUCUACGGCUCCUGGAAGAGAUUGACGUGCCGAUCGUGGGAGCAGACCCACAGGGCCAUCUUCUGGGCGCUCAGUCCCUAGUCCGUGCACAGGAGCGCGUGGGCAUGAACUCAGGGCUGCGCCAGGCAGCCUACUGGGCCUGUCUCCGACAAGAGAUAUACAUGUCACUGAGAGACCGGCGUCCCAUCCGUCUGGACCUGCAGCUCUUCCGCACACUCCAGGCGGUCCAGCCAGGCGACAGGUAUUCCCUGGCCUGCUCAGCGACCCUUCACUGCGCAGAGACCAUUCUAUUCGCAUACGGAGAUGACCCACGAUCGCUGCACCAUGACCUUCUGGAGUACAACCGUAGAGCUUUGCACAGCGUCCCGCAGCCGUUCUUCUACAGAGACGGAGGCAGUGAUUUCCCAGAUAUUCGCUAUGCCACUGAAGACCAGAUCAUAGCGGCCCAGUUCCUCUCUCUCGCUCGGGUUGUACUCGAUAGGAACGACCCGGCUAUUUCUCACAGAGACCCGGCGCAUCGAACUGCGAUUCAAUCCGUAAGAGAGAACGUGCAGCAAUGUGUCUGGGUCAUGUGUGGUGUUGGCUUGUCGAACCCGUCGAGUCCUGCGGCCAUCUUGAUUUCCUGCAUGGCGAUUGCUCUGUGCGGAGACUGUUUUGAUGACCCGAGAGAUCAGGAGCGGCUGUGCUUUUUGCUGGAGUUUACGGAGGGUAAACGAGGGUGGCCAACGGCUUCUAUUGCGAAAACAUUGAAACAGACUUGGAACGGUACUGGUUGA